AUGGAUGACGACGACUUUGACAGGGUCGAACGACAAACAGAAGAAAUUGAGAUAUCAAUUGGAGAAGAAGUCCGAGAUUCCAAAAAAAGCGGGAAAAUAUGGAGAGUCGAAGAGAAAUUGGGUGAAGGUGGAUUUGGUAGUGUGUAUCGAGUAACUGGAAAAGAUGAUAAAAGGGAAGCAGCAAUGAAAAUUCAAAAAGGAAAUUUGGACCCAUCAUUCGUUUUCGAGAGAGAAGUGAUGAUAAGGAUGCAAAAGGAAUCAACAGCUCCAAAACUUUACGAUGAUGGAAAUUACAAAUCGUUCUCAUUCAUAGUAAUGUCAUUGUUGGGAAGUGAUCUGGAAAAAAUUUACGAGAAGAUGGAUAGGAAUUUGAGCAAAUCGACCGUAUUAAUGAUAAGCGUUCGGACACUAUCAGCAGUGAAGCAGUUACACGAGAUUGGUUUUUUGCAUAGAGAUUUGAAACCAUCCAACUUUGCUGUCGAUGUCCGUCCAAAUUGUGGUAAUAUUUGUCUUUUGGAUUAUGGUCUUGCUAGAUGCUACGCGAAAAAGGAUGAAAAAGGGGGAUGGUGGAUUCGGCGCCCAAGAGAUCGGGUGACGUUUCGUGGAAACCUCAGAUACUGCUCGAUCAAAAUGCACCGAAAUUUGGAAACUGGGCGUAAUGAGGAUUUGGAGAAUCGUCCGAAUUAUGAGAACAUAUUUUGUACACUAUGUGAAAUUCUCAAAGAGUCCAAAGGAACUAUGAAUGGAGAAAUUGAAUACGAAAAGUUCAGAAUUGCUGCGACGAAAGGGAAUACUAUUGAUCGUAAAGUUUGUGGAUCAAAGAAGGAAUCUAAUGAGAAGAUACUGGAGGACUUGAAACAAGAGUUCAGAAAAGUUGUAAUCCCAGGUGGAUAUCAGCAUGUUUUGCCGAAUAGUAUUGAUUUUUAUGGAUUGUUGAGAAAUAAAGAAAUAAGAAAAGUAGUCGACAAUGAAAACGGCGAGAAGAAACAUGAAAAAGACGGCGAAAAUGGGAAGAAUGAGGCACGAUUGAAGCUGAAAAAGAAGAAAGGUGGUGGCGCAAAGGGGAAUUAUUAA